CGCCGGGACUCCUGGCUGGGAUCGUUCCCCGUUAGCCUCCUGCCUCCAGUCCUUGCUUGGUGGGAUUUAUUGUGCCCAUAGCCGGAAGCAGUGUGGCUACUGCUUGUCUUGAGACGAUUACUUCUUUUUCCUCCCAAUGUACACAUGUGCCCCAGAAUAUAUUUGAAAGAGAUUUAAAGUGCCGAUUGAUGAGGCUUUGCUGUCAGUUCAAGUAACGAGAAAUGGAAGGGUCUGCGAAAGCGUCAGUCACUUCUGAGCCAGAGUCCCCUCCAGGUGGUAAUGAGCCCGCUGCUGCCUCUGGGCAGAGGCUUCCUGAAAAGACUCCUCCAUGCCAGCAAGUAGAUCAGCCAAAAACGCAGAAGGAGUUUGGGGAUGAUCUUGUAGAGCAAAAUUCGAGUUAUGUGCAAGAUUCUCCAUCCAAGAAAAGGAAACUUGAUGUUGAAAUCAUCUUAGAGGAAAAGCACUCUGAGGAUGAUGGAGGCUCGGCAAAGAGAAGCAAACUGGAGAGAGGUGACGUGUCGGAAGAUGAGCCUUCCCUUGGUAGGCUUAACCAGACCAAGAGAAAACUGCAACCUCAGGACGCUGAGGUACCGCGGAAGUUGCAGAAGCUGGAGGAAGGACACAGCUCAGCCGUGGCUGCCCACUAUAAUGAGCUUCAGGAAGUUGGCCUGGCGAAGCGUAGUCAAAGUCGAAUUUUUUACCUAAGAAACUUCAAUAAUUGGAUUAAAAGUAUUCUGAUUGGGGAAAUUUUAGAAAAGGUACGACAAAGAAAAACCCGUGACAUCACUGUUUUGGACCUGGGAUGUGGAAAAGGUGGAGACUUGCUCAAGUGGAGGAAGGGGAGAAUUAGCAGGCUAGUGUGUGCUGAUAUCGCUGAUAUUUCUAUGAAGCAAUGCCAACAGCGCUACGAAGACAUGAGAUGUCGUCGCGAUAAUGAGCAUAUUUUUAGUGCAGAAUUUAUAACUGCUGACUGUUCAAAGGAACUUUUGGUUGAAAAAUUCCGUGACCCAGAAAUGUACUUUGAUGUCUGCAGCUGUCAGUUUGCUUGCCAUUACUCCUUUGAGUCCCAGGAGCAGGCAGAUACGAUGCUUAGAAAUGCCUGCGGGAGGCUUAACCCUGGUGGCUAUUUUAUUGGUACCACUCCCAAUAGCUUCGAACUGAUAAGACGCCUGGAAGCUUCAGAAACAGAAUCAUUUGGAAAUGAAAUAUACACUGUGAAAUUCCAGAAGAAAGGAAAUUAUCCUUUAUUUGGCUGCAAAUAUGACUUUAACUUGGAAGGUGUUGUGGAUGUCCCUGAAUUCUUGGUCUAUUUUCCAUUGCUAACUGAAAUGGCAAAGAAGUAUAAUAUGAAACUAAUCUACAAAAAAACAUUUUUGGAAUUCUAUGAAGAAAAGAUUAAAAACAAUGAAAACAAAAUGCUCUUAAAACGAAUGCAGGCCCUGGAGCAAUACCCUGCACAUGAGAACUCUAAACUUGCCUCUGAAAAGGUGGGUGAUUACACGCAUGCAGCAGAGUACCUGAAGAAGAGCCAAGUGAGGUUACCUCUGGGAACCUUAAGUAAGUCAGAAUGGGAAGCUACAAGUAUCUACUUGGUCUUUGCCUUUGAGAAGCAGCAGUGAGCACGUUGCUUUAGAGCAGCACUCACUCCAUCCUCCCAGGUGGAGCAGACCAUCUCAGAAACAUUUGACAGCUGUUUGUGUAUUUUAAUAGUAAGUUCUCAAUGUGUAGGAUGCUGCCACAAACUCCAGUGUAUGAAUUUGACACUUACUGUCUGUGACAGAUUAGCCUAAUGUGUGUACAUAGGGAUGAGUCGUCUUGAAGAUCUAUUUUUAAGUACUGUUGUAAUUGUUCCCCUCUACUGUCAAAACUCUAGCAAGGCAUGUCAGAGCAGCUGACCUCCCCAGUGCUGUGAUGUCAGAGCAGCUGACCUCCCCAGUGCUGUGAUGUCAGAGCAGCUGACCUCCCCAGUGCUGUGAUGUCAGAGCAGCUGACCUCCCCAGUGCUGGGAUGUGUGCUGUGUUUACAGAGCUGGAUUGACAGUCACUAGAACUGGCAGAGGAACGUUCCUGUUUCGUUACAGUGUUUUUCAAGAUUUAAUGGAUUGUGUUCUGUAUACUUGAAUGUAAGUGUUCAAUAUAUAUUGCUAAAGUUAUAAGAUUAAAUUUUGAUUUUAGAUUGUCCUAAGAGCUACCUGGCUAGAUUUUGACUGUGUUUCAAUAAAAUAACUAUUUGCUAA